GUUGUGUGGGUCUUAAAAGAAGUGUGCAAUGGCUAGAAAGGUGCAGAACCACCUACGCUUGCUUGCUGUGAGUGUUCAUUCAUACUGAUAAUAAUGUCGUGUUUAAUGGAAAAUGAUCUUAAAUUAACUGUCUGUAUAGUCUUUGUGUGAUAAACAGUUUUUGAUUUCAGGUCAUCAUGGAGACAGGAGUAACAGUCAACAGGACUGACGCUGUGGCUGCCUUACAUCCCUGCUAUGAGAUAAAUAAUUUCAGUUACAAACUAACCACAACACCUUCUGCUGUAUGUGUAAUGUUGUAUGGUUUCCUUACACUUUUGUCUCUUGUCACAGUGUGCGGGAAUCUCCUUGUAAUAAUCUCUGUGUUUUACUUCAAACAGCUCCACACCCCUACUAACUCCCUCAUUCUGUCUCUGGCUGUGGCUGACCUGCUUGUAGGGAUUCUAGUGUUUCCUUUCAGCAUGGCAUUCUCUCUCAGCUCAUGUAUGCAUCAUGAAGGGUUGUUUUGUAAAGUCAGAGGCAGCUUUGAUAUAUUACUCAGCACAUGCUCUAUCCUGCAUCUGUGUUGUAUUUCUAUUGACAGAUAUUAUGCCGUGUGUCAGCCACUAACAUAUACAUUUAAAAUCAACCGCCGUGUUGUAUUCAUCAUGACUUCUUUUAGCUGGGGGGUUUCUGCUCUUGUUGGAGUUGGAGGGACAUUUCCUAAACUAAGCAGUGAACAAUGUGAGGAAACAUGUUUUAUUGAUGAACUCGUGGCAAACAUAGUUGGACCAAUAUUGUCGUUUUACCUCCCAGUCGUCAUAAUGCUUUGUAUCUACCUGAAGAUUUUCCUAGUUGCACAGAAACAGGCACAAAUCAUCCAAACUAGGAUGAAGUGUGGAGUAACUGCCAGCAAGAUGGAAAGAAAGGCAACAAAAACUCUGGCUACAGUUCUGGGAGUUUUUCUCUUUUUUUGGACCCCUUUCUUUCUUUGCAUUACUUUUCUUUCUUUUAUCAAAAGUUCAGUUUCGGUGCCUGUGAUCGAAACACUUAACUGGCUAACGCUGUCAAAUUCCAUGCUGAAUCCAUUUAUCUAUGCUUUCUUUUACAGCUGGUUUAGAUCAGCUUUUAAAAUGAUUGUUUCUGGAAAAUUCUUAAGAGGUGAUUUUGCAAACUUUAAACUGCAUUGACUUGUUGUUUGAAUCAGUUUUCAAGGUGAAGGUUUUUUCCCCCAAAGUUAAUUGUUUUUACUAAUAACCGCUGCUCAUCUGUAUUGUCCUGGUUUAGAUUAUUGAAACUCUGUGUCCACUUCACAGAACAACCUCAAUUUAGGACUGGACACAUAUAGAAAUGCAGGAAAGCCGCCAUGUUGUGCCCAUUAACAGCCUCUCCCAUAAUCACAGAAGCAAAAGUGGUUCGGUUCCUGGCUGUGCACAGAACUUUACAUGUACAACACAAAUUCAUGAAUACCUCUACAUAUCUGGAUACAAAACAAGAAGAUGAAAACCACUAUGCCUUUCAAAAAUCUAAAAAAAAAAAACA